AUGGCCGGCGAUCUACGUGCGACUUACCACCAUCACCAUCAUUUACACGAUUCCCCUCCCCAUGACGAAUUUGAGAUGGACGACACGAGCAUUUCACACACUUCCUCAACCCAGAGAUUCCCCCAUGAACCCUCACGUCCUCCUCGGAAGACCGGCGCUGCUGGACUCGCCCGCCACACCCUGGGGCUGCUUCUCCUGCUCGUGGUUGUCUUUCUUUGGACAGCCUCCAAUUUCCUGGGUAGUAGCAUUUUCGCCGACAAGUCGUACGCAAAACCCUUCUUCUUGACAUAUCUCAACACCUCCAUGUUCAUGCUGGCCAUGAUCCCCACCCUAGUACGAUCGGGAUACCGACAACACAGGCGUGGAACCUUGUACACCACAAUGCGUUCGAAUCUAUCUUGGAAUAAAGGAUAUAGACCACUCCCCAACACAGGAGUGAUAGACGCGGCAGAUUCAGAGUCACAUGCAUUCAUACAUAAACCAACUACCACCGACCCAGAUACGGAGGAGAAGGAUAAACAUCUUGGAAUUAUCGCGACCGCUCGCCUCUCUAUCGCCUUUUGUGUCCUGUGGUUUCUCGCAAACUACUUCGCCAUGGCGUGCUUGCAAUACACCACAGUCGCUUCCACAACUAUCCUCACUUCGACUUCUAGUUUUUGGACCCUACUCAUUGGAGCCGCCACUGGCAUGGAGAGAUUUACCUGGCGCAAGUUCUUAGGUGUCAUGGGCUCCUUUCUGGGCAUCAUACUCAUAUCUCGCGUCGAUUUUUCUACCAGCGCUGAUUCCACCAAUCCAUCCUCCGACAACACCAAUUCGCCAUCUGUGCGGGCAAUUGACAGUUUCCCAGACAAAUCUCCAGCCGAGCUGGCCUUGGGCGAUGGACUUGCGCUUUUAUCUGCUGUUAUCUAUGGUGGCUACACCAUCAGCUUGAAGAAAACAACCAUCAAAGCACUGCCACGGCAAUUGAACAUGCCCUUGUUUUUUGGCUUGGUGGGGACUUUUAACAUAUUUCUCCUCAGCCCACUUUUCCCCAUACUUCAUUACACCGGUAUCGAGACCUUCCAGCCUCCUCCUUCGGCACACAUCUGGAUGGUCCUGUUGGUCAACAGUGUGAGCAGUUUAUUCAGCGACAUCUGCUGGGCGUAUGCUAUGGUUUUGACGAGCCCGUUGGUGGUCACGGUGGGACUGAGUCUCAGCAUCCCACUAAGCUUGGUUGGUGAGAUGGUUCUUCAGGGAAGAUACGAGGGCUGGGUCUAUUGGGUCGGAGCCGGAAUCGUGGUCGGCAGCUUCUUGUUUGUGGACCACGAGGAGCGCGAGGACGAAGAGCAGCAGGAACCCAGGCGGACAUCUCGCGCCAGCAGCUGGGCUACUGCCGAUGGACUUACUGCGCAGGGCGGUCCCCCAGGUCGGAGCCAGCAUUCCUACUCACAAGACUCACUUAUCGAGGGGGAAGCGUCCUCGCAACAGGACUCCAGCCAACUGCGAGUAGGGCGCUCUUCAGCAGCGUCCGCAGCAGAUAGACCAGGACACGUGCGCCGCAGAUCUUCUGGCGCCUCUGACGUCGCACCCUCGCAUGCUGGACCAGGAACACGCAUGAAUGCUUCUUCUCUUUCUCUCCCCAAGAAUAGUCAAAACGACUCUCACCAAUCCGAGCAAGAUCUUCUCGACAAUGAUAGCGAUUUCAAAUAA